CGUCGCUCAGACUGAAGCUGAUCGUCGCGCAUCUGAAACCACCGCACUAACACCUCUCUCCAACGAGCCCUUACAGGCCGAUUUUAAUUUCUCAUCUGAACCAGCUCAGACGGACGACCAAGCCGCUGCCCAGGAAACUUCCACCCAGGAGCUCUCCACCCCAGAACCUGCGAGGAGCAGCUGGAACCUUAGUGGACUAAUCAACUCUGUACCACGUUCUUUCUCCCGCCUUCUACCUAGGUUUGGCCGUAGUCGGUCGACGUCAGAAGCUCAAGCUAGCCAAGAGCCUGCGUCUGAACGCAUUAAACGAACACAGCCAGCUGUAGCGUCAGCGGCUGCGGCUCCCGAGCAGGAGCCACAACCUCGCCGCCAUCUGAGCGAGCAGCCACCAGCAAAACGUGCCCGCAAUUUAUCCUACUCACUCUUUCCCGCUCCGAUUGAUCGUUCUCGUUACCUCGGGGAUAUUCCACCAAAGCCCACCACAACUGCCGUAACAGCACCCGCUUCUGAUUCUACUGCUCAGCCUGCCGAGGAAAGUACACCUUCAAGAAAAGAAUCUCAAGAUUCACCCACACCCACUGAAGGUGGCCGUGAAACUACUCCUCAGGAGAGCAAUGCCACGAACAAGUCAAAAAAGAAGCGCAAGCGCUCUCCGUCACCAGAUGUAAUCCCUAACCCCGCAGGUUCAAGCUAUGGCAUGGACCUAGAUUAUUUUUGCUACAGCUCUGAUAGCGAAGGAGAAGCAGAGCCUUCACCUCAGUCUGAACUUGACCAUCGUAGCAAGACUGCCCUUCGCAACAUUGCUCAGUCGGAAAGACCAGCGUCUAAGAAGGUCCGCUUUGAGGCGAGCCCGGAAGACACGCCAUCAAAACGUCGUGCUCGGGCUACCGAUCCUUACCGCGGAAGACACUUUGUUGGAAUAGGUGGUCCACAGACAUCAUCACCGCCAACUACACCCACACCAGAGCCUCAUGUCGUGGACCCACAGCAACGGCCUGGUUUCGUCCCCAACAAAUCGGGCACUUUUCAACUUGACUACGAUGCCCUCUCCGAUGACUCUGACACCGACACCGAAACUGUAUCUUCACCCAAGCUUCCUACUCCUGGUACCGUCAGAACUUCCACUCCUACACAGCUUGAUGCUUCACUAAGUGCCCAAUCACCUGCUCCUCGUUCUGCUGCGCGUUCUACACAGUCCCCAUCGACUCCUGCCCCCAAGAUCGAUGAGGAAGCCCUCGCUAGGGCCCGCUCCCAGGCUGAGAAAUACAAACCAAAGACGCCUAGUGGACUUCGCACCGCUAGUCGCUACUCUAGCCCCCUGACCGCCGUCACACCUGACCUCACGCCCGUGCCCGCGCCACCUGCCGAGAAAGACACUGAGAAAUUCGGAGACGAUGAGUUUGCAAAAGACGCCCAGUGGUUAUACAGCAUCUGCCCAUCCGGGGAUCUGAGCCAACUCGUUUGGCCUGAGAAGAAGCCCUUUGGUGAAGGCCUCAUCAUCAGCUCCGAGGCUCUCCGGAUUGCAAGCGAAAUCUGGGACCCAGCUGAAGUUGAUGAUGCAUAUGACACGUUUCACCGCGAAUUCGCAGAGUUCAAGAAAACUGCUGUAUAG